AAUGUCAAAUCAAAUCACUUUUAAAGCUAUUUUACACACACAAUACAAAAACGCAACCUUAUUAACAUUUUUAACCCAAACGAAGGAGAUAAUUGAUUGAGAAGAUGAAGAGUCAGUAUCUGCACGUUCUACUAAUUUUCAAUAUACUAUUUCUAUGCAGAAUUCAAGACUUUAUUGCUAUACCCAUAUCGACGUCGUUGACACCCUCAAACGCUACAAUUGCACAUCGAGACUUGGAAUUAAAGGCAAACUUAAAUACUUCCAGCACAUCCAUUUUGAAAACAACAAGUACGCAAAAACUUGAUAAAAAGAAAUUGAGACUAAAAGUCCGAAGUGAUGACACAGUCAAAGACGAAACAUUCCUUUCAAUAUUCCAUAAGAGGCAGAAACUAGGCGACAACUCGAAACGAUUUCCCUGGAAGGAUAUGCGUAGACUUGAAGUCAACCCCACUCCUAGUCUUAAUUAUUAUCCACCAAAUUUUCCUCUAAGUACUGUUUGCAUGGGUAGCACAAUUCCAUAUGGCGAAUACAAGAUCAUGGAUUGGAUUAAACGUGAAAGAUACAGCUUUCUACUUCAAGAACGUCCAUUCUAUAUUUCUCUUCGACGGCAAAUGUAUGAAAAUGGGAAUUCCGAGGAAUGCCAUACUCCCGCAUAUAAUAAAUUUUAUCCAUAUAUACAAUGUGCACUGAUACGCCAUCAGAGAAUGGAGUUCGAAGUGCCCAGAUAUCCAGUGCAUCAAAAGGAUCACCCUAUGAAUAAAAAUAGAUCUGCCACUCUGCCUAUGAAUAAUUAAUAUUUGUUGUAAAUUCACUUAUUGCGUCAGACUAGUUUCAAACCUUGAACUUAAUCUAUUGAAAUAAUCCUCAACAUAAAAUAAGCAAUUUACUU